AUGACUUCCGAUGUGGCUGUCGGCGACCUCUCGUUUGUUGAUGUUGCAUCUUUCCUUCGCUCGUAUCAGCCAGGGAGAACAGGCCUGGAUUCCAACCACAACGUGCUGGAACAAUUCCUAUUGAUCAAUAUUUCAGCAAUUGUUUGUAUUUCCAGCUUUCAGGGAAACCAGGAUGCGAUGCAAAAUUUGAAACCAUUAAAAUCGAUAGAGUUACGAGGCUUUACAUGCCAGACUAUAGCUGAAAGCAGCUGCAGUCAGGCUAUCUCGCUAGUUAAAUUGACGGGACUUGACUAUAAAGAGCUGCUUCGGGUGUUCACGCAGGCUAAAUCGAAGAUCUCGCCCCGCUUGACCUCCGUGCAACUGGCUCACCGAGCUUUCCAAGAGAGAAAUGCAGUGCUGGAUAUACUGCUCUCGCUACUAAAUGAUAAAGAACUGGCAACUUCCCAAGAGAAAGUGAUGGAUACUAUUAUCAAGAAGAAGUCGGAAAUAUGCACAGAUAUGAUAAGGCUUCUGCGAGAAAUCACCCUGGACCUGUCAGCUGAGCCUGAAGAUGUCAGCAGUGACCUAUCAGAACGAGAAGUGGCAGAGAUACUGCAACUGAAAAAAUGCCAAAAUCUGAUUUAUCUUACAAACAUAUUACGGGCCCUCACGAUGUUGGUACUGAAUGUCAGCGUACCGAUUGACGUAGUGCACCUUUGGUUUGACUUUCUGAACGAGACCAGAUUAAGCUUGCAUACAAUGUGUAGCGGGAACACUUCCAUCCCAAAAUUGAUUUCUGCAAAAAUUGAGUCCCUUAUAACGUUGGUGACAUUGCUGAUGUUGGGACUCGAUAGUACCACGCUGUCUAUUGAUCUCGAUGCUCCAUAUUACCAAGAUGUCGAAUGUUUCAAGAAAAUCAACUUGGUGUUAAAAAAAGACUUCAUCAGUCCGGUUGUGCUUUAUAUGUGGUCGUUCAUUCUUUUCUUCAAAUCUUGCGCGUUCGAGGAGAACCCAGACCGAGAGGUCCAGUUCAUUCAGAAAGUUUUUGCCGAUGAAUCAAUUCAUGAUGUGAUGACAAUUUUUGCUGCGAGAGCUGAGAGUGGCGAUGUUUUUGGCUCUAUUAAGAAGCUUUCAGUUGCUCUUUCCGCUGAGAGCCUAUAUUCAGCGAUAAUCAGCGCGUAUGUCUCUCUCUCUAUUAACUUCAUUCCAUUAAAUUCACAUAGCUCUGAUAUGAUCAAGGAUGUGCUUUUAAAAGCGCCAAAGGAAUUCAUUGAGAGUUUCCUUUCAGAUGGAGAGUUCGAGAAAAAAUUGACCGUUUUGAAGGCCAAAUUGCCAUUAAUCGAUGAAGCCCUUCUGCCACUAAUAAAUCUUACAACAGUUCACCCUCAGUUCGCUAAUUUUGAGUGGAAAAGCCUUAGUACUUACGCCGUCAAAUCAAAGCUCGCCGCAUUCAACUAUGAUAUCUCUGACGGGGGUGAGGCUGCGGAUUUGAUUGUUCUUAAAGAGGAAACUUAUGUUAAGCCUCCACUGGAGUUUGAUAAAAACGUUUAUCUGCCGUUACCAGAGGACACAAAAGGUAAAAUAUUACCGGUCGCGCCUAGUUCAGAUGAAGAAGUUAUUGUUUUCAUCUAUGAAUACAGCGGUUGGGCAUUACUAGGUCGGGUGCUUCAGAACAUCUGCGAGCUUUAUGUUAGGAACGAUCGCAAGUUGAAAACGCAUACACGAGAUAUCAUGAUCUCGAUAAUCGAGCUUACUACGCAAAUUGUCUCUCCGGCUACGCCAUUCGAAAGGUCAAUGGAGAUAAUUGAGUACUUAUCUGCGUCUGUAACCGAGGGCGACAUUGUAUCAGUCAUACUAAGAAUACUUGACCAUUCUUUGCAUAAAAGAAACUAUGAGGUUGCGUCUAUCUGCUCAGAGUUCCUGUUCUCCCUCUUCCCUAAUUAUCCUCACUUCGUAUGGUCCCAUAUCGCGCGUUCCGAUCUUCUUGAUAGGUAUGGGAAGACUGGGCUCGCAAGUACCAUCUUAGGUUCUGUUGAAUUAGCCACUGGGAAGUACGAUUUCACACUUUCACUUGUCAAGUUGGCUGAUGAAAUGGCAUCGGAGUCCAUUUCGCUAGAGAGCGGCUUUUCCAGCAGAACUAAGAAAGAUAUUCUUGAAAAAUUGACCAACUACCUGAUCGAUAUCUUUGAAAGCUAUCAAUACUGGAAGUACGCUAAUGUCCUACAAAGAUUUGAAAUGGGAUAUUAUCUAACUUCCUUUUUUACCAAAGUGCUCUAUGCAGUUUAUGGCCUGGAUCCAGGAUCAUCUCCAAGUGAAAAAGUUACUAAGACUCUAUCUGUUUGUGGAACCACGAUUAUGGAUGCUUUUCUGGGUUCACGGGCUCCUGGCGUCCGCCCAGCAAAGGCUUUGCUAAACAUUUUACUUUCAUUCGAAAACAGUCAAAUAGCCCUUGUCGGUGAUGGAGCAUUUGGCUAUGUCUGUUCGAGACUCGUUAAGCAAUCUUUUGAGCUAGCGUCACUGUUGAUCUCCUUACGUGGGCUACUAAAAAUGGCCCCGAGUUCAUUGGAGAAAAUGAUGUAUGCCAGCUCACCGAAACUCGUGGACAUCUACAAUCUACAUCCUAGUCUCAAACGACACGUUGUGAGACUAUUUCAUUCGCUGGUAAAAGUUCCCUGGUCCGAGAACUAUUUGUUUUUACUAUCUUUCCUAGGUGAAGAGCAUGCAGAGAUUUUACUCAACUCCAUAUCUUCUGAUUUAGAUAGCCCGCUGUCAAAUCAUAAGCUAUCAAAAGAUCUGUAUAUCUUCUUCGGUGCAUUGAUGGAGAGCAAACAAGAUGGUUUGUCCAUUCUAUUCCUGACUGGUAGCAUUGCUACAAAUGAAACUCAGAGCCAGCAAGAAGAAACUAUAGGUAAGACUUCGGUGUUGAGUAUAUUAAAGAAGAAUGCUUUAAACCUCAACGCUCUUCCAGACGACGUUGCCUGUUGUUUAUUGGAUUCAAUUGCAUAUGCCUUUAAUACAUGGGCAAACGCUAAAGAUUGUGACGCUGAUGCGGAAUUGAUAUCGGUACUUCUGCAUAAAGUAAAGGCAUUUGCAGCGAAGGAAGUCAGAUCAGUCAACGAUAUGAACGCUGAAUUGGUCCGUUAUCGACUGAUAUCCCGAAUCGUCGAGAUAUUCGCAUUGUAUCUCUUCACCUCCUCAGAAAUUGACUCUCAGAUAUCUUCACUUCUCAAUCGUCAAGACUUGGCUCAGUUUAUCAGACCAUUUUUCCAACUUAAUGGAUACGAUAAGCCUUUGCAUGACUCUCUCAGCAAGAGAUUUGAGGAAAAAUGGCCAAAGCUGAAACUCAGCAGAUUUGCUGUCACUCCGCUAUACAAUACAGGUAUAUUUUCUCAGGACUCAAUAUUCGCUAUUUCCCUUAUGGACCAGAUUUUUGGAGAUGAUGAGAAAUGGAUGGGAUCUGAGACGACCGAUGGCUACAGGGACGAAAUAAUUGUGGCAUCUUCAAAUUUGAAAUACGUCACUCAUAAAAUUGCGGCGGCAAAAGCCUGGGGUGCCCUUUUGACCACAUUUGUUAAAAAGAAUUCUCAGCCUUUGCAAGCCUCCUUCCUCGAUCUAGCAGCAUGUUUCCUACAGAUCAAUUUAGAUAUGGGAAUAGAGGUACCUCUUUUUGCGGGGGUAUAUUGCGAACGAUUGCAGUUGGUUUUCUACAUUUUAUAUUCAUUCCAGAAGAAAGCCGAGCCGGUGGGGGAGAAGAUACUUUUCCAGCUGUUAGAACUAUUAGCAGCUGUCUUCAAGACUGAUGAAGUUGGAUUUGUGAGCAAUAUUGGGCAUUCGGCUAGGAAGAAUUUCUAUAGGCCAGUCCUUCGCUCAAUUUUGCUUGUGCUAAGCUUCGUCACUACUGGCACUCACUUCAUUGAAAUGGAAUCGGAUACUCUACUGGAGCUUUUUGAGCUCUCUUUUUCCAAAGGCGUUUACUUAAUAUUAUCAGAGAUACUCUCUGACAUCAGCACAUCCACAUCUAGCGGAAGGCAGGUUACCAUCUAUAACAUGGAAGAGCGCGUUCAAGAUCUGUUUCUGAUGUUGUCCAUUUUUACAACAAUAAAGGCUCUGCGUCCUCCUAACAGAUUCAAUCUCAUCAUGGCUUCUUCGCUGCGAGAAGUCGGCACACUCAAGGUGAUACUAAAUUUAUAUUCCAGUUCACAUCUCUUCAAAUUUAACGGGGAAUCGGUUUUUGGGCCUUUGACUCUUACCUUCAUUUCAGAGCUGUGCACUGUGAGUCAUAUUGCAGAAAGCUUUAUUGCCAGCGGGCUAUUUGCGGUCAUCCUUGAAAGUCCUCUUUCUGUAGCCAUUCAGCAGGGAGGUAUCCAACCGGAACGUCAGACAAACCUUCAUAGCGUAUGGACAAAUGGAAUACUCUCCGUAAUUCUGUUGCUAUUGAGCCAGUUUGGGGGAAAGAUAAUGCCUGAAUGUUGUUUAUUCGCGUCAUAUUUCAGCCAGCAAAUCAGAAGCGCAAUAUACAGGUGGUCGGAUAGCAAGCCGGCAGUAUCAUCUGCUCUAAUCCGAGAGACGUCGCAGCUAAUUCUCUUUCAGCGAAUUAUGCGAACGUUGGAUUAUCAACAGUUCCUCACGAAAUCUCCUGCGAGAUAUGAGAUUGGCGAUCAACAAGAAGAGGUCGAGCUUAUUGUUGGUUUAGAUACUGCUCAUGAACGCAAGGCAUUGAAAAAUACGCUCAACCGCCUUUUGACACACCCCAAAUAUCUAAACUCACGCAUAGUUCCCACUAGCCUCGAAGAGCAGCAUCUUUUAGAAAAUGAGACGACAAGACUAGAAUUCGUGAAAACUAUUUGCAAGCACAUCAAGGAAUUGCAGGAAUGUUUAUCAGAGGCUUGA